AUUGCCAUGGAACCAAGUUCUGCUCUCCCACUCCUUUUAAGCCUCUCACCUUCGUCUCUAUUUCCCCUCAACCCCUCCAUUUCUUCUUUCACAUUCUCUGUAGUUUCUCAUUCUCUCCAUUUUCCGCCAUGAAACAGUUCAUCAAAGCUAUUAGCCCUAAACGCCUCUUAGGAUCCAAAAAGGAUCGAUCUAUUGUUUCCAAAUCCGACCCCUCGUCUUAUAGUUAUGGUGCUUCGUCAUCCUCCUCCUCCGAUUCCUCCGUUUCCAAUCAAAAACGCGGUGUAACCGCUGAGGCCGGUACUCCGACCAGUGUUCUCCCUGAAAUAUCGGGUGACUGGUCUGAUAUUUCGACUGAUUUUUAUUCCGAUUUGGUUCAGGCUUUUAAGCUGAUUGAUAGAGAUAAUGAUGGAAUUGUCUCCAGGAGGGAGUUAGAAGCUCUGUUAAGCCGACUUGGAGCUGAGCCGCCGAGUCAGGAAGAGGUGGCGACGAUGUUAAGUGAGGUGGAUCAUGUCGGUGAUGGUUGUAUAAGCGUGGAGGCUUUGAUGAACCGGAUCGGCUCGGCUUGUGAACCGGCUGGAGAUGACGAGCUAAGGGUGGCUUUUGAGUUUUUUGACGCAGAUCAAGAUGGAAAAAUAACAGCAGAAGAGCUUUUUGGAGUUUACAAAGCUAUUGGAGACGAGCGUUGCACCUUCGAGGAUUGCAUGCGCAUGAUAGCAAGUGUGGAUAAGAAUGGAGAUGGAUUCGUAUGCUUCGAGGAUUUUUGUCGUAUGAUGGAACUGCAAAGAUGAUCAUGAUUUUUGUAAUAAGAUCAUGUGAUGGUGGUGCUCUUGAAGAAAUCAAAUGUCUUAAUUAUUUUUUUUUUCUUGUUUUUUAAAAGUGUUUGAUCUAAGGUGGAUGAUUAGAUGAGAGAGAUGAUGAGAUGUUAUAGAAAAUAUCAGGAACGACCUGAUUGGUUUUAUCUCAGCUUGCAAAGUUUGCCUCUCUCAGCCGUAUAUAUUAUUAUUAUAUAUAAUAUAUAAUAUGUUAGAUUUCUUGAUGACAAA